AAAAAUAGAGAAAAGAGAACGUCGUAUAAACUGUGUCACUAAACAAAAAUCCGAGCAGGGGCGCGGUGGAGGUGGAGCUCAACUUUGCCCAGAGAAUUGUGUCAAAUAGAUAAAAAAGAAAAACGAUGCCAGCGGCAACGACUGCGACAACGACGAUGGUGGCAAUGAUGAUGAUGAUGACGAUGGUAAUGGUGAUGGCGAUGGUGCUGGUCAUAUCGUUAUAACGAUGGAUGAAGAAGGCGUCGGGGCAGCCACUCCUUUUCAGCACAAUAAUUAUAACCCCGAUUCCCCAGCUUUAUGAGAGAAAACUGGCCCCGAAAAUUGUGGAGCAUUUGAAUAAUUUUACAAGAAUGCAAUCAACGUGAAAACAGAACGUAAAAGAAGAGAUUGUCAAAAAAAAAGACAGAAAAAGUAGGCGGUGGCUUUGUUGAUUUAAAUGGCACCCGAAAUUCCGAGAGGGGAACUUUGGCUAUAUGGACAACUAUUCAAAUUGAGGUCAUUCAUCUCGCUUCGUUGAACGCGCUUAAGUGAAUUAUGUAUACGUAUAUAUGUGAGUGGUCCGUGUGGAUAGGGAAUCAGAAUGAGAAUCGGAGGUCUGGAGUAUUUGAAGGCGGGUCAGCAACUCAGAUGAGCAUGUGAAUGGGAAAGAAAAAGAUAAAGAAGAAAUUAUUCCCCCGAAAGUGGUUCCAUUUACACUGUGUGGAAAGCCUUUCUCCAAAUCCCCGCUAAUUGCCCGCAAUUUGCCAUUGGAAUCUGUCAACCUCCCGCUGCUCGAAAAAUCCACAAAAUGUGAUUGACUCGAGAUCGAUGCCCUCCGCUAAGGAUUUCCAUAAAUAUUUGCCAGCACUUUGGGAUUUUGAUCUUUUUGGCGUUCUCCAUCCGACUCGUUUCUCCAUUUGGUAUAGUUUUGUUUCGUAUCGUAUUGUAUCGUAUCGUAUCGUAUCGUAUCGGUUCGUAUCGCUUCGCUUGGCUUUAUUUGAUUUUCUUAUGGGAGUAGGUCAGUUCAAAAUUUGCAUAUAUGGCUGCCUUUGAUUUCUCGCUCGAUUUUUUAUUCAUAUUCUGACUGUUUGCCCUGCCCCAAAAACGUAAAUGUGCGAACACGUGCUAUACAUAUGAUGAUUUUCUUAUCCAUCGACUUGUUUGGAUUUAAUUCAGACCGAUAUCAUAAGCGAUGAUUGGUUAUAAAAUAAACAAAGACUGAGCGUUAUCUCAAGUGGAAUGGAUGUGGGGGUGUGAAAUGGACAUACCGGAUAGAAUGGACAUUGGGUCAAUUGCAGGUUUUAGUUGCGAUUCUGAAAGAUUGCUGAAAGCAUGAAGUUGGCUGUGAUCUUCUUGGGAGGACUCUGCAUCCUCGGUGAUUAUUUCACUUCUGGACAGCGUUAUGUCUACAGUGCAGAUGAAAGUUGCAUAUGCUCGGGUCAUUUGGUGAACGAUUUAGUUCCGGACUGCGAAGAUUGCUCCGGUUACUACAUUUGUGGCAAUGGUUCCUACGAGAAGGUGAAGUGCCCUCAGGGUCUGAUUUUCGACAUUUCCUCGAAAACGUGUGUGCUGGGUCAUUGCCCCAGAUUUGAUGGCACUUGUUCAGGAAACACUACAACACCUACGCCCACCACACCGACCACUACUACCACCACUACCACCACUACCACAACUACAACGUCAGAACCUCCAGGACCUCCUGGACCUUGUGCCAAUGAUGUGACAUGCCAAUUUCAAGAAAAGAGUAUCCCUCAUCCGAAUCACUGUCGAAAUUUUUACACCUGCUAUGGAAGUUGCGCCGUUUUGGGACUCUGUGAGCUGGGAAAAUGGUUCGAUCGGGAGAAGAUCUUAUGCGAUUAUUCCCAUAAAGUGAAAAACUGUCCCGCUAACCAGGACUAAGACGUGGCCCUUUUAGGUAUUAAAAAGCAUUUUUAUAUUAUGAGCUUAUGCAAACCCAUUAAUAUUGUAUCAGCAUCGAGUGCAAUAUCAUAGUACUUUCUUUAAUACCAAUGGCAACUUUUGAUGCUACACCGGGAUUUAUUGCUGGGGGCAAAAUUAAAUCAAAUAAAUAUGUGUCAUGGCAAA